UUUGUCCACUCGCGUUUUCCGUAACGGGUUUUUUUUUUUAACCUAGUUUGUGCUAUGCGUACAGGUCUACAAAACUGUAAUAUAUUUACUAUUAGGUGCUGUGAUAGAAGUGAAAUAUUCACUCUGUCAUCAAAUAACAUCUUGUAAAGAAGAGUAACAGGAAAAAUGGCGGACCAUGCCCCUUCUAUUGCCAAGGAGGCAGUUCUGAGGCCUAGCGCUGAACUCCCGGAAGAUAUGCCAAAAAUCCGAGGCUACGACUUCAACCAGGGGGUUGAUCUCAAAGCGUUGCUGAAGACAUACCUGACGACAGGCUUUCAGGCCAGUAGCUUGGGUCUGGCCAUCCAGGAGAUCAACCGGAUGAUUGAGAAACGUCUGGAACCGGUUGAAGUAGACGGAGAAAAUGAGACUGAAGCGUCCUGCGAAUCCUCCCGCAAGUCCGGCUGUACCAUCUUCCUGGGAUACACCUCCAACAUCAUCAGCUCUGGAGUGAGAGAGAGCAUCCGCUACCUGGCAGAGCAUAAAAUGGUGGAUGUGAUUGUCACCACAGCUGGAGGCAUUGAGGAGGAUUUCAUUAAGUGCCUGGCUCAUACUUACUUGGGAGACUUCAGUCUGUCGGGCAAAGAGCUGCGUCUGAGAGGCAUCAACAGGAUAGGAAACCUUCUGGUGCCCAACGAUAACUACUGCAAGUUUGAAAACUGGCUGAUGCCCAUUCUGGAUCAAAUGUUACUGGAGCAAAACACAGAGGGAAUCCGGUGGACUCCCUCUAAAAUGAUCCAUCGGCUCGGCAAGGAGAUAAACAACACUGACUCUGUCUGCUACUGGGCAUACAAGAAUAACAUCCCAGUGUUCAGUCCUGCACUCACUGAUGGUUCUCUGGGCGACAUGAUCUACUUCCACUCGUUUAAAAACCCCGGCUUGGUUUUGGACAUCGUAGAAGACAUACGAAAGCUGAAUGGCUUGGCGAUUUUUGCCAAGAAAACGGGAAUGAUCAUCCUGGGAGGAGGGUUGGUGAAACAUCAUAUAGCCAAUGCUAACCUCAUGAGAAACGGCGCUGACUACGCUGUGUAUGUGAACACUGGUCAGGAAUUUGACGGUUCGGACUCUGGGGCCCGACCUGACGAGGCCGUAUCCUGGGGAAAGAUCAGGACAGACGCCAAACCUGUUAAGGUGUAUGCAGACGCCUCUUUGGUUUUCCCUCUAAUCGUGGCCGAGACCUUCGCUCUACAUGCCGACAAGCUGACAGCGGGACAGAAAGCAGAUUAAAGCGAUUAUGCUACCUUGAAUGUUCAGUUAAGACAGCAUCUUGUUUUAUUCUCAUAGUUUUUUUUCCCCCCCCUCCAAAUGAAAGCAUGAAUCAUAUUGAGAUCUGCUACUUCACUUAAUAUGAAUACGUAUGAAAUUUUGAGGCAGUCUCAUUUCAAUGCUGUCCCUCUUCUUUAGUUUUGUAAAUUAGAAUGUUUUUUUCUUCUUUGCCUUUAAGACAGUUGAAAUAACAUGUGUAUAAUGCUAUCACAUGUACCAAAGAGAUUUCCUAGAAUGCUUUUGAGUUUAGCUGUAGGCUGUGUGUGUGUCUGACACAGCGAGUGACUAACCAUGUUGCAGCGUAACUCAUGUCAGUGUAGCUGCAGCUCAAUGCAUGGCUGCUAUAAAUGAUCAGGCCUUAUUGAUUUUUAGUUUUAAUGAGCAGGUAGAUCAUUUUAAUGCCGAUGUUUAAGCUCAGAAGAUGCUCCUGUAUAUUUAACAAAUCAGGAAAACAUUUGAUUUUGUCUUUGUUGAAAGUUUUGGAUUUUAAUCAAUCCUGAUUUUUUUAAAAUUUUUGGUUUGGUUUCUGAUUUGUGUGUGGAUCCAUGGAAAUGCCAUCAUGUGACACUGAGUUGCACUUGAUUAGGUUUGGGAAUAGUGUAUAAAGACGAAGUCUUAGAUGGUAUGUUUGUUACAUUUGGGGUAUUAAAAGGGUAUUUUCAUUCUGUUAAUUAAACAUGGUAAAAAGAUAUACAUUUUCAAUGCAAAGAUGUUAUUUUACACAUUUAGCCAUUUAAGUUAUGGAUAUAUAAAACUUGGUAGCACUGAAAAUCAACUAUUGUCCAUUUUUUCAAGUAAUAGAUUUCAAAGUAAGCAAUUAUUAUUAUUAUUUUUUUUGCUUACGUUCCUUUAGAAGAGACUGGGAUAAAUUGAGAUGAGACAAAGUUUUUUUGGAAAUGUUAUAUUAUUGAAACAGUUAUGUUUACCCUCAUUCUGAUUGAUUUAAAGGGUGAACAGCAUCCUGAAAUAUAUGCAGAUACAUGACCAAACUAAGGUUGUUUUGAAACCAAAUAUUUCAAAUAUAGCUGAUAUUACACUAGUCUCCCCUAUUUACUUCUGAAUAUUCCAAAUGUUUUCAAGGCUCUCCCUGCAGACCCUUGCUGUUUUAAGAUGGAUGUACAGCUCUGGAAAAAAUGAAGAGACCAUUGAACUGAACCCGAUUGAAAACCUCUUGGUUAUUCCACCAAAUAUUGAUUUCUGAGUUAAAACAUUAGUAUUGUUGUUUCCAAAUGGUUGUGAACUUGUUUUCUUUGCAUUAUUUGAGGUCUGAAAGCACUGCAUCUUUUUUGUCAUUUUGACCAUUUGUCAUUUUUUGCAGAUAAAAUACUAAAUUUUUGCUUGGAAUUUCGGAGACAUGAUGUCACUAAUUCAUAGAAUAAAAGAACAGUGUUCAUUUUACUCAAACAUAUAUCUAUAAAAAGUAAAAUUAGAGAAACUGAUCAUUUUAAGUGGCCUCUUUUUUUUUCCAUAGCUGUAUGUAGGAUGUUGUUUGUUUUGCUGAAAUAAACUGAGCUUACCUUUAAAGGAGUGUGCUUUGAUAAUUUAACUCUGUAUCUUUUUCUUCAAUCAGUGGAUGCUCCACAGAUGUUGUGUGAGACUCUGGGCAUCAUCUCCAUUGGGAUGCAUCAUAUGUAGUUUCAUUCUGACUAAUUUCAAAGUAGCGGUAUCGCUAUUAAAAGACUUUGUGUGCCAA